GAGUCAGCGAUUUUCCCAUGUGCAGAGGUAGGCGUGGAAAAGAAUAGUCCCUUUCUUUUCACCCACGCCAGAUUGCAUCUAGCCGUUGUUACCUGUGAGUGAUGUGGUGUGUGUAGUUUACAGAGCGUUUUACUCUGUCACUAGAGCAUAGAGACGUCCGUUUGCGUGUUCGUGUCGUACUUAUCCUAUCAAUCUACGGCUAGCUUACUGCCUGUUUUCACGUUGCUAGAACGUGAGUGCAGUGAUCACGCGCCUCUCUGUGGACAGUUUGUGUGUAGCUGCCUGUACGUAUCCGCCAGAAGGAGGCAUGGCCGCCGCUGCUGGAGGAGGAGACGGUCUGGGCGAGGCGGUGUCCAAAGUGUGGAGCUACCUGGACCGUCUGGCGGAGAACAAUCCUCAGGAGUACAAGAGAUUCAUCAACAAGGCCAUGCAAGAGCGGAGAGAUUUUCUGGAUCCUCCAUGCCCAGUGUUCUGCUUCACCACAGGCAUCAGAGGGAAGAAAAACCAGAAGUUGUAUGUCAACAUAUGCAAGUGGGCGCGGGUGCCAACUAAACAAGAUUCAGACAGCUCCCUCAUACCGGUAAAGGGCGGAGUCUUGCGUUGUCUCGUGGAAGACGGAAAACGGCAGCCGAAUUCUCUUCUCCUCGACAUAGCCUUCAACCCAGUCUUCGUCGAUUCGUGUCUCACGGACGGCGAAACCCUCGACGUGUUCCUCAAAAUGGUCCUGGACUUUGUCGAUGAGUACCUCUCCAUACUGACGGACAGACGCACGGAGAUGUUGCCGCCCGCUACAAAGUUCAAGGGCCCCGAGGCGGAUAUUUAUCACUCGCUCGACCAGUCGAAUCCAGAGCUGAUUACAAAAGAGAGUUGGAUGGACUUCCAACACAAUCUCCUGGCUAGUCUGAAGAAAGGGAAGAAGACAAAGACAGGACGAAAAGGUGGCUCGGACACAAACGGUCUCCCUCCACUGUUUCCACGGCAACAGAGUAACCCAGGCAACGGUCACCAGGCAACACCCAAGCUCAUAGAAGAGGUGGAGCAGGGAGGCGGAGGGUCAGGGAGAAAUGGGCACGGCAGCGGCAAGCAUCAAAAGAAGGGUAAAAAUGGAGGGAAAAAUGGAGGUCAGAAGAGAAGCAGCAGCGGACACUCGGCUAGCAGCAAGAAUAGAAGGAAACAGAGGGACACUGUAAAUGGGCAGAGUUUAGAGGAGAGUGGGCGGGGCUUAGAGGAGAGUGGGCGGAGUUUGGUGGAGGUUGUAAGUGAGCUGAGGAUUGGGGAUCGGAGUGAUGGUGGGCAACAUUUGGAGAAAGAGGGGACCGAAACAGGUGGGGCCGGGAGUUUAGUGGACGGGGAGGGGGAAAGUGGGAGAAGUUUGGGGGAGAGCGGUGAGGGGAGGAGGGUGAUUCCAGAGAACAGGGUGACGGUGAAGGAGGAGGGAGGGAGGGAUGUUGUGGUUGUGAGAGUCAAGCUUCCAGAGGUGACGUCUGCAGAGCAGAUUUCUUUGGACGGCUCUGAGACUGAUAUCAGUGUGACGGCUGCCGAUACCUACUCCCUCUUGGUCCCAUUCCCAUUCCACGUGAACCCUGACCUUGCCACUUCCACCUUCAACAAAAGGUCGCGAACUCUCAUCGUUAGACUUUCGGUUGUUGACCACACCGAAAAAGGAGAAUAAAAGAACUCUAUUUUUCUCUCUUUCUGCGGCUCGUGAUUAAACUAAUUACGCUGUUAAUUAUUAUUAUUAUCAUCUGAGAUAUUACAGUGAUUAUGUAAUACAGACAGAUUUGUGUCUGUAUAACGAAAAAAUU